AAAGCGAAGUGGCUAGCCGUACUUAAAUACGGCUAGACUGAGAGUCUAGCCGUCCCUGGACCACCUGAAUAGUUGCUUCUUACUUACUUUCACUAUCAACCCAGUAACCAUUGGUAAUUGAUUAUUGGACCAUAACCUAAACUGAGAAGUUUGGCUCUUGCUGCCAACAUGGCCUGUAACAGAAGCAGAAUGAAAACUGAAGACGUCAAACCAGACUGGGACACGUCAAUAUUGAUCUCUCAAAAACUGAACCUUAGGCGUCAAAGUGUUUUGAACGUCAUUGACCUCCUUGACGAUGGAGCCACAAUUCCCUUUAUCGCUCGAUACAGAAAAGACCAGACGGAUAAUAUGACUCCAGAUACUCUCCGAGAAGUUGCUUCUGAGGUGGAUGAGCUCAGGGCGGUGGAAAGUAAAAUUCACAAUGUGCAUGGAGCGAUCUCCAAGCUGGGGAAGAUGACAGAGGAUCUGGAGACUUCCCUCAUAAUGUCCACCUCCAUUCUGGAAGUGGAGUCUCUGUAUGCUCCCUUCAAGCCGGGCCAUAAAGGCAGCUACGCAGAGAGAGCCAGAGCCCUGGGACUCGGUGACAUGACUACAGCGCUACUCGCUGGCAAGACUGUCAACUUGGCGUCUGCCGUGAGGCCCGGCGAAAAAGGUGUUGAGUCUGUUGGGGAAGUGGAGAAAGGUGUCAAACAUAUCGUAGCUGACAUCGUGUCCAAGGAUAAGGAGAUGAUGGACGUGGCCAGAGAGCUGUGCAACAAUCUGAAUGUCAUGCUGGAGAGUUCAAAGGCCAAGGCUAAGGCUAAGAAUGCCACAAAGAAGGACAGUAAGUCUACCAAGGGAGCGAUUGGCCCUGGGAAGGACAACGACUCUGCUGCUAACAAGUUUGAGCAAUACUUUGACUUCAGAGUGUCUGUCAAGUCAGCCAAGCCUUAUCAGAUUCUUGCACUGAACAGAGGAGAAGAUCUGAACGUUUUGGCAGUGAAAGUUGUCAUCCCGGAUCUAGUCAAACAGAGAUUUAUCGACAGCUGCUUGCAGAAGCUGUUCCGGAGAAUAGCACGACCAGAUUUUCAGUCCCUGAUUCGCAUGGCAGUUUUGGACGCGUACGACCGGCUGAUAGAACCUACGCUCAUACGCCACACGAGGUCCGACCUGACCAAGAUGGCGGAGAAGGCGUCUAUAUCCGUGUUCACGUCCAACUUGCAUCGGCUGUUGUUGACUCCUCCUGUCAAACAGAAAACUAUUUUGGGCAUUGACCCCGGGUUUAAGAACGGCUGUAAGUUUGCCGUCAUUUCCUCCACGGGCGUGAUUCUGCACACAGGAGUCGCUUAUCUGCACGACUACCGGUCCGAUAAAUUCGAGGAGAGGUACAGGCUCGCGAGUGUGAUCAACACGCACAGGUGUGAGACGGUUGCUAUUGGCAACGGCGUUGCGUGCAGGGAAACGGAGCAAGUCGUCUCAGACCUCAUCAAGCACAACUCGUUUCAACCUCUCUCCGUUGUCUACUGUAUCGUGGACGAGUGUGGGGCGUCCAUCUACAGUGUGUCGGACGAGGCCGUGAAGGAGAUGCCGGACCUGGACCCAACACUUCGGGGAGCAGUGUCCAUUGGAAGGAGGUUGCAGGAUCCCCUGGCAGAACUGGUGAAGAUUGAUCCCAAAAACCUGGGAGUGGGCAUGUACCAGCAUGACCUGAACAAGACAAGCCUGCAGACUGCCUUGGGAUCAGUGGUGGAAGAGUGCGUCAGUUUUGUGGGCGUUGACCUGAACACGUGUAGCGAGUGCCUUCUCAGGAGAGUGGCCGGACUGAACGCCACCAAAGCCAAGAAGAUUCUGGAGUGGCGGUCCAAGAACGGCUACUUCACCAGUCGCCAGCAGCUGUUGACCAUCAAGGGCCUGGGCAAGAAAGGUUUUGAGCAGUGUGCGGGCUUUGUGAGGAUCACGAGACACCUUGGCUCGGAGCACGGCAAUGGCCCCAAGCUGGCCGACCAUCUGGGUGUGAGUCUGCCAGACAUCGGGACCGCAGCGUUUAUUGCACAGGUCAAGAGAGCCGCAACAAAUGAUGGUUUACAAGCAUUCAGUGAGACACACGAGGCGGGUCUGUCGACCGUGAAGCUCAUCGCUGACGCUCUACAGCAACCUCUGUCCUACGACAUCCGAGAAAGCUUUCAGCGGCCCAUUUUCAAACAGGAAGUGAUGUCAGUGUCUGACCUGCGGACUGGAAGUAUCGUGACGGGCAGGGUGACGAAUGUAACGCACUUCGGCGCUUUUGUGGACAUCGGGGUAGGCAUCAAUGGUCUAGUUCACACCAGCAAGAUGGGACGCUUCGGCAAGUUGGGCUUAGGGGAUCAUGUUGAGGUCAAGGUCGAGAAUUUGGAUCUGAAUCGCAAGAGAAUUGGUCUCAUGCUCACAAACAUUCAACAAAGGUGAUCAUUUAUUGAGUUCUCCGUGAUCUAUUUUUAACUCUGGACUACUAGGUGCUUGAUAACGACCUUUUUGUGUUCAAACUUUUGAAAAUGAAUUUUUAGAUUGAUAUUUGUGGAACAAACUCGCACAUUUCACGCAUUCCAUUCCAUAAUUCCGUAGGGCUAAUAUCUAUGGGCGUUCCUUUACCCCAAACGUGGUCACGAUUUGAUUCCUCUCCCCGUCGUUUUAUGCAAGAAAAAUUCUGAAAUUAUGCAAACUGAGCCCAAAAAUGUGAAAUUAUGCGAUUCUGUUAAUUUUUAAAAAGAAUGAUAAAGGAAAAUAAUCUGAAAUUAUGAAAAAAAUGAUCAAAUUUGGCUAAAUUAUGCGGGGGUGCAUAAAACCACGGGGACAGGAUUACAAAUAUGUGUAGUUGUACACCUCUGUGAGACUAAGAUACUAGAAAAAGAAGAUGAGAAAAAAGUACAACUGGAAAAGAAAGGAGCAAUGAUGGAUAAACUGGUACAUUGUCAUGUGUUAUCUGUGUAAUGAAGGUGAUCCUGUUUAUUAAUCAUUUGUUGCAGUGUAUGCAAUCUUGAUCCCUGUCCAUAAAAAAAGGGUUUGUGUAUAAAAGGGUUUGUCUAUAAAAAGGGUUUGUCUAUAACUGGGACAUCACGUCUGUCCCGGUGGUCUUGCUAUAGCCAGGAACCACUGUACUUGUAAGUUAUUUACCUCACUUGUAACAAAACAGAUUCAUAACAAAUUUUUAAAAUGUAGAACCAAUGAUUUCAUGAUAAGACUUUCUACUUACAAAUGGAACUUUUGUUCUCGACUCAUGCAAUACUUUUAUCAGUUAUUUGCUAUGUUGAAUUAAUUAAAGAUUUUGCUGUACAUUGGAAAUA